GGGGCGGAGCGCACAAACCCUACGGGGUUUGGUUGCACCGCGGCUUUGGCGCAUUUUCGGCUGGUUUGAUUCAUCCAUUUUGAAGAGACGGGGGAGCGGGGGGCUCGUCAGAUCCAGGGACCUCAAACCAGCAGCCGCCGACUCUUGAGAAGCCAGCAGCCCGGGGCUCGGCAGCAGCGGCCCCGCCGGCCGGAGCGGGGGGGUGGGGCGCCGAGUGCGCGGGGAGGGGGGUCCUGGUCCUCGGCUCCUCGACUUGGUCGCGCCUCGACAGCGAACAUGUCUCGGCCUGUCAGAAAUAGGAAGGUUGUGGAUUACUCUCAGUUUCAGGAAUCAGAUGAUGCAGAUGAAGAUUAUGGAAGAGAUUCAGGCCCUCCUGCUAAGAAGAUUCGGUCAUCUCCCCGAGAGGCUAAAAAUAAGAGGCGAUCUGGAAAAAAUUCACAAGAAGACAGUGAAGACUCAGAAGAAAAAGAUGUGAAGACCAAGAAGGAUGAUUCUCACUCGGCAGAAGACAGCGAAGAUGAAAAAGAUGAUCAUAAAAAUGUACGCCAGCAACGACAGGCAGCAUCUAAAGCAGCUUCUAAGCAGAGAGAGAUGCUCUUGGAAGAUGUUGGCAGCGAGGAAGAGCCGGAAGAAGAUGAUGAGGCGCCAUUCCAGGAGAAAGAUUCUGGCAGCGAUGAAGAUUUCCUAAUGGAAGACGACGAUGAUAGUGAUUAUGGCAGUUCAAAAAAGAAAAACAAAAAGAUGGUUAAGAAGUCCAAACCUGAGAGAAAAGAAAAGAAAAUGCCCAAACCCAGACUAAAGGCAACAGUGACGCCAAGUCCAGUGAAAGGCAAAGCGAAAGUGGGUCGCCCCACAGCUUCGAAGAAAUCAAAGGAAAAAACUCCUUCUCCCAAAGAAGAGGAUGAGGAAGCAGAAAGCCCUCCAGAAAAGAAGUCCGGAGACGAAGGGUCCGAGGAUGAAGCCUCAUCUGGGGAAGAUUAAAAGUGAUGUUUAGGGAGAGGUUUUAUUAAAAACAAAGGAAACCUCUGUAGGACACGGUUUGGGCUGUGGCUUGACUCAUGGGCUUUCAGUGCUAUUUCAUUUGUCUAGAAUAAUGUUUUUCUCUCUAUCAUAUAUCUCUUUCCCUCUUAAAACCAUUGGGUUUUUUGUUUGUUUGGGUUUUUUUUUUGUUUGUUUGUUUGGUUUUUGUUGUUGUUGGGUUUUUUUGGUUUUUUUUUUUUUUCAAGAUAGGGUUUCUCUGUGUAGCCCUGGCUGUCCUGGAACUCACUUUGUAGACCAGGCUGGCCUCGAACUCAGAAAUCUGCCUGCCUCUGCCUCCCGAGCUCUGGGAUUAAAGGGGUGCACCACCACCGCCUGGCUCUUAAAACCAUUGUAUGCUUACGUGUUUAAGUUGCCAUUUUGUCUCAGUCUUUUCUUUGCCAAUCCCCUCCCCCCACGAAAGCCAUGUCAAUCAAUCACUGGAGUGACUGUUUGAUUUUCGAGUUGUCAAUGGAGGGAAGGAAUGCCAUGGCUGCAAAGCAAUAAGAUUUCAGGUGGACGCUAUGGAAACUGCUUCUUGCUAGAGAACAGCAACUUGAACAAUAAUCAAAAACAAAAAACUAGAAAGGUUUUAAUUAAAUAUUUGUUCUUUCUUUUCCUGUACUUUUGACAGACCAGUUGUCACUUAACAUGAGUUUAUAUGUCUGAACUGUAAGUGUCAAAAAGAAUCAUGACUCUAAAUUAGUACUAGUGAGGCAGUUGGGGUGAACAUGAAUUCUGGAUUAACUCAGCACUCACAUUAUUUCCUUGGGUGUGGAGGGAAUGGUGUUCCUGGAACUUAGUGGAUUUGUUAUUCUCAAAGAGAUUCAGAGCCAGUGCUUCUUUUGUCUUGAUAACGGUCUUUUUUCUUUUUUUUUUUUUAAGUAGGCCACCAGAAUCAGUCUUAAUUUCAUAUUUUAUUCAUGUUUUCAUUGAUUCAAGUUUUUAAAAUACUUCCUGUUUUUGGGUAGUUUCACCAAUGAUCCAAAAUUAAAAAGAGAUUUCUUUGAAUUUCGAUGAUGAAUUUACCCCUCACAGUGCAUUUCUUCACAGGCUGACAAUGUUAAAAGUUUUAAGCAAAUAAAGUUUGAGUUAGUGUGAAGCUCAGAUAUAAAAGAUUGAGAUUUAUCCUUUAUGAAUACAAAUAAUUGAAAUGAGGGCCCAUGAACCAUGCCACAGUUGUUUCCUUUCGAUAUUUAAAUCUUUCCUCCAUAGUAACAUGAUAAUGACAUAAUCUCACAACCUCCUCCUGCUGCUUCCAUACUGUGGAGUUGUUUGCUUCUUAGUUGGUCUGACCCCUCCUUUCUGUUUAUGCUUCUUUUUAAAGCAAGAGCCUGAGCCUCAAUGGGAUGAAUGAACUGUAUUUUAUUUAGGGUGCCUCUGUGCCAUUGAUAACAGUCUAGAUACCUUAGCAAAGCAUCAAGAUCAGGUUUGAUCCUCCACAUUCAGGUCCCACUCGCCAAUAGAAGAAAAGAUUAGGGGUCCUAUUAUGCUAUUAAAAAUUUAGUGGAGUAAUUUCUGUAUAUUUUUCUGCACUUAAGCUAAAUUUGCUUCCUCAGUAUUCUGCCUUUGUGUUUUUUAAGUGACAUGUUUGUCUCAGACAGUGUCAUUUUCUUAUAGGUGUUCAUAGGACAAAGGGUUAUUUAAGAAAUAUUUUUACUCUGGUUUUUAAGACACUUUAAAGAACAUUCUUAGAUCUGCUUUAAAAUAAAUAAAUGAAUAAAUAAAGCACCUAGUAGCAGAGAGUUAUUUCAACCCUGCACUGCUAAUAAAUGAGUAUUAACAUGGCCAAAAAUAGAAACUUGAACAUAAGCAGUUGGAUUAUUGUAUUCUGUAAUGGGAUAUAAGGUUGUGAGCUAUGUAGUUGGUAUUACAGAUUAUUCUAUUUGCUGUGGUGGGCUUGCUCAGGAACCCGUCCUUAAAGAAAGAAGAGACUCACCAUUUCCACCAGGCAUCUCUCCCUUUUAGGGGUUUAUAACUCAGUCUUACAUUCCUAGUGACAUUUAGGCUUUUCUUAGGUUAUGUUUCAUGAAAAGUUGUGGGUAGGGUCUCUUUCAACUUUAGGCCUCAAUUUUUUAACAAUCUCUUUAAUAAUCUGCACUAACAUCUCUGAUUUUAUCUACCUAUAAUUGAGAAAUAAUACUAUCUUCUACGUUACUUGUGUAAAAGGUGUGUCUGAUUGGACUUGUUUAGAAUUCCUUUUAAAACUAACUCAUUAGAUUGAAGGUAUAUUUUCUAAUUACAGUUCAGUUGGGUUAAUGGUGUCUCAAAUGAGCACACAGGCUUUAAGUGACCUUUGUUUUCACUUUUUUUUUUAGUGGUUUAUAACACUCUGGUCUUCCCUUCAAAUCGUGUAUGCAAACAGGAACACAUUUAAUGUGACUCAACUGGAAACCGGUGCUCAGCAGUUAGGUGUAACAAUGAUAUGAGGGUGUGCCCCUCAGUUCAUAAUGACUGGCCCUUGGCACCUCUAUGGCUUACUCUCCUUCCUCUUUUCCUCUGUCUUUUUCUUUCUGGUGUGCCUAUAGUGAAGUGGCAAUGUAUUCAACUGUCUUACUUUGCAGUGCUCAGGAAUGGGAUGCUCAUUUGAAGGUGCUUGUCUGUUACUGAUGCUCAGCUAGGUUUACCUCUUUAGUAGAUGCAGCAGUUGAGCUAACACUACAUUCUAGUUCUCUAGGCUCUGGUUAAAGCCUUUGUCUCCCCCUGUCAGAAAUGGUAGCCUCUGUGUUGCCCAGUGGUAAGUUACUGCUGCUUUUAACCGUCCACCACUGAUGGGGUUUUGGAGAGAGGACCCAAAGGGUGUAUUUACAUAUCUGCUGAAAAACUUAACUGCUUUCAGUACCUCCCUCUCCAUAUUAACCUUACAAAGGAAAACUAAUGGUAGCAUGAAUAUUUCUUUUUUUCUAGGGUAGCCAGAGAAUCUCCACAGACACCUUACCAAAACCCCAGUAUUUUGUGUACCCCAGGCUGGCCUCAAACUCCUGUUUUGUUUUGUUUUUUUCAAAACAACUGAUUUUUUUUUUCCUGUCUUCAAUGCUUAUAUAUGGUACUAGUUCAGAUAGCAUUUUCUUCCACAUAAAAAUCAGUGGAAUUUGAGGUUAUAAUCUAGAAGGACUUACAGUCAGCUGAUCUUGACCUUUUUUGAGCCUGGUUUCACUUUGUAGUGUGUCUGGGAGUUUUUUUCCCCCCACCCCUCACUCACACUGCUGGGAUUAAUGCCACCAUGUCAGGUGACACUUUUUAAAUGAGCUUUUAUUUUUAUGUCCAGGAACAUGUGGGUUAGAGAGGGAAAUAGUGUAAACAAAACUCAGGUUUAGGGGCCCCUGCCAGAGCAGACUUGAAGAAACAGAAAGCUUUGUUGCUGCUGUGAAUCCGUGCCUCUUUGGACAGUUCUCUCUACCAGUAGCACCAGAAGCUACACUAGAAACAUUCCCACCUGUGACUGGGUAGGAAGAAAUGCAGGCUAGGCACUUCAUGGUGUGCGGACGGAGGUCAGAAACUAGCAGUACUUGCUUCUUGCCAAAGGGGAGGGGAAGUUAAAGCCACUGGUUGCUCUUGAGGGUAGAAUAUUGUCAUUUUCUCUAUGGAGGAAGCUGCUGAGUUACUUGAAGAUGGGGAAGGUUUUUUUGUUUUGUUUUGUUUUUUUAGUUUUUCCUUUUGUUUUUUGAGUAUUGCGAUGUCAAGCUAUCAAUAGCCAUGUUACUAUUUGAACCUCCUUUUUUUUCCCCCUUUGUCUUAGAAAAGAGAAUACAUGAUUCUGAAUAUCAAAUCCAUAGGUUAUACUUUUGUUCAAAGCCUAAUUCACAGUGGUGUGAUUGUACUAACCACUAGGAGGAUCCCAUAUGCCUACCUGUUGCCAUGCCAAUGAAGAAUGAACUGGUGACAUCUGAGCAUGCUCUGUGGCUGUAGAGCAUCACAGUUGGGUGGACACUUUGUAUAUUGGGUGUGGGGGGUUUUCUAGAUCAUGGGGGAGGGUAAAAUGAUUUUGGGUGGGGUUUUUUGGUGGUUUUUUUUUUCCAGUUUUGGGGGUUUUUUGUUUUGUUUUUGCUUUUUAUGGAGGGUUGGGGAGUAUAGUACUCAGUUAUGCCCUAAAAAUAACAUGUAUAAAACCCUGAAGUGUGAUGUGGGUAUGUGUGAGUGCGUGUUUGUAAAUGUCUGGCAUUUAAACCUUUGUCUUCUGGAAGUUAGUGAAUUCUUUCCCUUUUCCUCUGGAAGUAUUUGUUACAAGAUUUGUAAAUAAGAGCUCUACAUAGUCUGUGUACCGUGAACAUAUUACAGCAAACCUUCCAUGCUUCAUUCCUCUGCAAGGCAUAAGACUGCCAGGUUGCUCAGCUCCCGUGAUCAGUUUGCCUUCAUUCAUCUUUUAGACUUAAUUUGACAGUUCUAAAAACUCCUAGUCUUCCUCAAUUUUAGUCUUUAAUCUUUCAUGUUCUGAGCAGAAAGGGUCAGAAAGUUAGCCUGUCUUCGGCCAUGGCUGAGAGCCUGGCAUCCUUUUCUUCAUACAGUAGUGUGGCUUGAUACAUGGCUAGACAACAGAGUGUUGGGCAUUCUUGCAAUACCUUAGCAGUGCUGAAAUUUGCAGCAUGGUACUAAGGAAGCUAAAGUUUGAAUGUAACCACUUUAUUUAAAGGGUUUUUUCUUUAAUUUAAAUGAUACCGAGUUGAAGUGAACAUGAUUUUGUUGACCAUGUUCAUGAAUUAUAGAUGCAACAUGCAUUGGUAGGCUCAUGUGAUGGUCUGAUGUGAUACUUCAUUUCAUCCAUUUACAUAAUCCUGGUCUGUACGCAUUUGCAUAAACAACAACAAACUCCUGCCUUGCUCUGAUUGAAGGAUUUCCAGGACUGCUGUCUGCUCCUGAACUUUGUUUUAAGUAUGCGUAUCCUUUGCUUGUAUUUUGUAUUAAGAAAUAAGGAAAAGAACCCCUUAUUGUUGAGCAUGUUGGUAUUGUCCCCUUUAUUUUUUUUCUCUUGGGGACAUUAUGAAGCAAGUUAUUCUUUUUCUGUAUCUUUUUCUUUUCUUUUGUAAACCUUUUGGUUUGUUUUGUUUAAAAAUGGCUUUAUAAAAGGGCUUUUGUAACCCA